AUGUCCCACGUGAGGGAGAGCAUCACGCAGCCGCAAGGGCGGAAGGGCGCCGGCGUCCCGGGCGCUCGCUCCGUGCUGGCGUGCGCGGGCGGCCCUGAGGACGGGCCCGCCGGUGCGCCGGAGGCCCCGGCCGAGGUGGGCGACUGGCCGUACUGGCGCAGCUUCGUCCAGACCGUGUGCAUCACGGUCGCGUUCGGCCAGGGCAUCGUUCCGCUCGCGGUCACGUCCAUGGGGGCCUCGACGCAGCGUGGCGCGCUGACGCUCGCGGGCCUCGAGCUCGCGCAGCUCGGGGUCAUCCUCGCCCUCCGGCCCGACGCGCCCAGCGCCCGGAAGCGCGGAUCGGUCGCGCGCGCGGUGCUCCUGGGCGCGUGUCUGGCGGUGGGUUGCUUGGGCGUCGUGGCGAUCGUCGAGGGCGUCGUGGGCGGGCCGGGCGGGGGGAUCACGCAGGGCGACGAGCCCCUCGCUCUCAGCAAGGACCCCGUCACGUUCGGGGCCUACCUGCUCGCCGCGUGCGUCCUGGCGCCCGUCUCCGAGGAGCUGCUCUACAGGUCCUGGGCCCUCGACCCGGCGCUGUCCGGGGACGACGAGGUUCUCGACACGUGGAGGCGCCGCGCGGUGUCGCUGGCAUGGUCGUCCGCGCUGUUCGCCGGCAUCCACGCGUCGCCGCGGGACUUCGCCGGCCUCUUCGCGCUCGGCCUCUGCCUCGGCACGGGCUACCUCGGGACCGGCGGAAGCAUCGUCGUCCCGAUCACGGCGCACGUGUUGUACAACGCCGCUAUCGUGUCCAGCGUGGUGUACGCCGGGACCGCCCGGUGA